ACCGCCGCAGCCGGAGGGCCAUGGCGAUCGCAAGGCAAGUGCUUUGUGUGUGUGCGUUGCUCUCCCUGCCGCUCGCUCGCUCGCAGCCCAUCCGCUACUCCGUAGCCGAGGAGGCGCACAGCGGCUCCCUGGUAGGCAACCUGGCGCAGGACGCGGCGCUGCCGCCGGCGCAGCUCUCGGCUCGCCGCGCCCGCCUNNNGUCGGAGGACGGCCGCCAGCAUUUUCGCUUCGACCGCGCCAGCGGCCGCCUCGUCGUGGCCGACAGGCUGGACCGGGAGCAGCUGUGCGGCCAGGCCGACACCUGCACGCUCCCCUUCGAGCUGCUGCUGGCCGACCCGCUGCAGUUCUUUCGGGUCGAGGUCACCCUCGACGACAUCAAUGACCAUUCACCCGUUUUCCCCAAGGAACGAGUCACUUUUACAAUCCCCGAAAGGGGCGACCCGGGCUCUCGUUUCCCUCUGGAGGGGGCUGUGGACCUUGAUAUUGGCAGCAACAGUGUACAGGCAUACAGCAUCACUCCAGAGAAUGAGUACUUUAGCGUCUCCUUUGGCACUCGGAGUGACGAUGACAAAUAUGUAGAACUUGUUUUAGAAAAGCCCCUAGACAGAGAGGAACAGGCAGAGAUGGAUUUCAGUCUGAUUGCCGUGGAUGGGGGCUCUCCACCCAGGAGUGGGACCACCCAAAUUCACAUUACAGUUCUGGAUGCAAACGACAACUCACCAGUCUUCACACAGGAGGUGUACCUUGCUCGGGUUUUAGAAAACACAUCGGAGGGCUCUGUUAUUUUGACUGUGUUGGCAACUGAUCAGGAUGAAGGAAUUAACGGAGACAUCUCCUAUCAAUUAAGCCAAGGACUCGACCAUAGCGACCCAGCGUUUGAGAUUGAUCCCUUAACAGGUGAAAUCAAACUCAGAAAGCCUCUGGACUUUGAGGCAGAACAGACUCACGAACUCCGUGUGAGGGCCACAGAUGGUGGGGGGCUCUCGGCAAUCUGCAAAGUAUUAGUGGAGGUGUUGGAUGUGAAUGACAAUGCACCCGAGCUGCUGGUCAGUUCCUUCAGCAGUCCCCUCGCUGAGAACUCCGCGCCCGGCACGGUGGUUGCCCUCUUUACUGUCAGGGACCGGGAUGCCGGUGCCAACGGCAAGGUGUCCUGUGCCCUCGAGCAUCAGCUCUUCUUCUCCCUGCGGCCAGCCUAUAAGAAUUACUACGAGCUGGUGACUGUGAGGGCGCUGGACCGGGAGGACACGGCUCAGCACAUCCUCAGCGUGACAGCAGCAGACGCGGGGUCCCCUCCUCUCACUACCACCCACACCUUCACCGUGGACAUCUCGGAUGUCAACGACAAUGCCCCCGUCUUCAACCAGACAUCCUACACCAUGUACGUGCGAGAGAACAAUGCGCCCUCCGUGCUGGUGGGAGCCGUGAGCGCCGCAGAUGCCGACGUGGGGCUGAAUGCCAAGGUGACCUAUUCCCUGUCAGCAGGGCAAGCGGCGGAGCGGCCUUGGUGCUCGUGCGUGUCUGUGAACUCGGAGAGCGGGCAGGUGUUUGUGCUGAGAGCCCUGGACUACGAGCAAGCGGCCGCACUGCGGAUUGCCGACCCCACCGGAAUACAGAGGGAGAAGGAAGGCACCCGACUGCCGCCGCUUUCGGAGGGCACAGCUCGAGAGAUCCGCGACAAGGAGACAGGACGCCGCCGCAGCCCCAGCCGCCGCAGCCAGAGGGCUGGCCACGUGCUUUCCGGGGCCGACAACCUGCCGAGCGGCCUGGCCGAUGCAGCUGCUGCGGGGACCCUGCCCCGCCCCUACUGCUACGAGAUCAGCCUCACCACGGGCUCGGGCAACAGCGAGUUCAGGUUCCUCAAGCCCUUCGUCCCCAGCCUGCCACCACAGCCCUGUGUCAUGGGCGGGGGCACCGGUGAGGAACAGGUUUUCCCUUGUGUCCCUGUCCCCACAGAGGACGUGACCCCAGACAAUGCUGGGCCUGUGUCUGCAGAACAGUUCAAUCGUCUUUCCUUUAACUAGCACGGAGUCGUCACAGCCAGAGACUUCAUGC